GUAAAGUCAUCUUUGUUUUUUUUUCUAUUUUCAAGAUCUGAAAUCUCCGAAGAAAAGUGUUAUUAUUUUGCGACGUGUCUAUGUUAAGUGGCAAGGUAUAGAUAAUACAGUGACAUAGACGAGGUUAAACAUAAUUAAAAAGAGAAAUAUGCCUCCCCAAAGACCACCAAAAUAUGGACAUCUGAUUAUCGUUGUCCAUCGCUGUGGAUUUAGGAUAACAAAGGAGUUAUUUCUGAAAAGGGUUCGAGACAUUACACCAGAAGGUCAUGACCCAUUUCCUUGGACUGUCGAUCAUUUCCUUUAUAGAAACAGAGAGAAGAUUCUCGAGAAAAAAAUUGGAAAAGUACUAAAACUUAAAUUAUUCCCUGGAUAUUCUAAGUCGACAAACAUAGAGAAUUGGGAUUUGAACACGUUUUGCUUUCUUCUGGUCCACUUUUGUGGGUUGGAAAAACGUGUCCGGCAAGACAUAGAUUUCUUGAGGAAAAUAAGAAACACGCUGGUUCAUUUAGGAGAUGGUGACAUCGAUGAUCAGAAGUACAAAACAUACAUUGACAGAAUCAAAGGUAUUACAAGCCGGUGUUCAACCGAGUUAAAAAAUCCUGAACUGGAGGUGGAACUGGAAAACGUUAUAAAAGAAAUGGAGAAUGUACAAUUGGCUGAUGUUGAAGAAGGAGAAGAGAAAUUAAAAGAAUGGUUCUUUGAUGAAAGAAAAUAUCGCGUUUGGAUAGAAAUCACAAAAGAAACAGUUGAUGAACUAAUGACAGAAUUGCAAGACAUUCAAGAGAGAUUAGAAGCAAAUGGAAAGCCGACAAAAAUUGAUAUCCCUUUUUCGAUUGCAAUACGUUUUAAAGGUCCGGGAGAGGAAUUAGAGGCUUUUUCAGCGGCACAUCAAGGGAGUGUAUCAGGGAUACUUCAAACAAGCAUAAGAUUAUGUAUUGAGAAAAUUAAGGGCGAUGUUCGUCAAAUGGGCCCAGAAGUCGAAAAUGACAGUACAGGUUCAAUUAUGUUCAAGUUUACAUGCUUUUCCGUGACGUCUUUGAUUUAUCUGGUAGACUACUUUAGUGGUCCAAUCCUUCAGAGACGUCUGCAAGACAUCACAGAAGCUCUCGAGGAUAUUGUAGAUGACAUAGUGACUAUACAGAUAUGUGUAACACCGGAGAACUAUGGGGAAAUCAUCAAGAAACUGGAUAAAGAUUUCGCCCCAGCAGACGACGUUACACCGCAGGUGAAAAGAAGAAAGCUUAGAAGAAAGGUAUUCAACGAUCCGUUAUACGGCCAGAUAGAAUUACAUCCAUUGUGCGUUAAGAUUAUUGAUACACCACAGUUCCAGAGACUGAGGUACAUUAAACAGCUAGAGACCUGUUACUUAGUCUACCCUGGUGCGAGUCAUAACCGGUUCGAACAUUCAAUUGGCGUUUGUCACUUGGCUGGUAAAUUUUUGAGAGUAUUGAAAGAAGGCCAGCCAGAGUUAGAUAUCACAACAAAAGAUAUUCUGUGUGUAGAAAUAGCCGCCCUCUGUCAUGACCUAGGUCAGGGGCCAUUUUCUCAUGUGUUUGAACACAAAUUCAUACCAACUGUUUAUCCAGAAAUCGUAUGGAAGCAUGAGAAGGCUUCUGUGAAGAUGUUUGAAUAUUUGUUGCGUGAUAACGGCGGUAAACUUCACGAGUACUUCCGACAGAUGAUACCAAGCUUUGAAGAAAUGGAUAUAGAAUUCAUUAAAGAAUUGAUUGAUGUCCCAGUUGACUUAGACGCAGAAGUUUGGCCUCACAGAGGGAGAAACAAGAACAAGAGCUUUUUAUACGAGGUAGUAGCUAACCGUGUGACCGGAAUCGACGUUGACCGAUGGGACUACCUUGCCCGGGACAGUUACAUGCUGGGCAUGAAAACAACUUUUGAUCACAGUAGAUUAAUGCAUCACGCUAGAGUACUUGUAGCGGAAGGAAGGAGACAAAUCGGCUUCAGGGACAAGGCAGCCCAAGACUUGUAUGAUAUGUUUUACACCCGGAUGACUUUAUACAGAAGAGCGUAUCAACACAAGACACACAAUAUCAUUGGAAUGAUGAUACGUGAUGCAUUGCUUGCUGCUAACAACGAGAUUUCUUUCGUCGGGGAAAAGGGUAAAAUUAAAUCAGUUAUUUCCAAAGCUUAAUACAUUUGUUUGAAACAUAUCACAAUGUCGUUAUAAUAUAGGUACUUGUGAUUUAGCUUUGGAAUAUAUUAUAAAGAGAAAGACUUCUUACGAAAUACAUAAAAUUUAAUCUUAAUUAUCACUGUGUGGUAAAUACAAGGUAAGCUGUCCAGUAUGGCCGCUCUAAACAAGAAACAAAGGAACAUCAUAUUCAUAUAAGUCCUUGAAGAUAUUUUAUACAUCUUUUUCAAAUUUGUUCAUUAACCUUGAUAAUGUCCAAAGAAGUCCACUGGCAUUGCGAUUUGAAUGAUAUUUAACAUAAAUAUGUCUUUUUCUUUCAUAGAAAUUGCUUAAUUCAUGUCAGGAGCUUGAAAAUGUUUCGUUUAUAUUGUUAUUAAAAUCAAACAAUUAUCUUGACAUUAUGGGUGUGAAUAUAUUUGAAGAAAAUAUCUUUUAUAAGGAUGCAUCAACUGUGGUAUGUGCAAAACACCCAAUUAUUCAAAAGGAAACAAAACAUUUUUAUGAAUGUAUAUACUUAAAGACGUUCAAUGAUAGACUCGAAUGUUUUUUUCAGUAUGAACUGUUAAAUUUACUAGUGCUUAUCAAACCGAUGCUACUACUAUUGCCAUUUUGGAAGUCUAUGAUUGUUUGAAAUGGAAAUCUGAUGACCUAAAAAAAUCUUAAAAUUGAAAACGGUUUGGUGCACAAGUUUCAUGAGGCCAGGUUAAAUUUAUACACAUCGACGCACACCUCACAAGUAAUAUUUGCGUUAGCGUAUGCACAAAGAAACGAUGUCUGUCAAGGGAUCAGAAAUACGUUAAGCGAUAGAUUGAAUAUUUAGUGGUGGCUCUACAGGGCUACUGGAUGAUGAGUUUACAUUAUCACCUUCCAAUGUGUACUAAAAGGCUUACACUCCCCAUUGGUGGUGUUCCUAAUGACAAUCCCGAUGCGAUUCCUAACUGCUUGUUUGUUUCUUCUACGAUAUCUAUACGUUGGGGUUCUUUCCCAAGCAUAGAGGUGAGAUUUUCUCAUCUAAAACACCAACAAAAGCAGUGGUAAACGCCAUUCGUCAUAGUUGGAAAUUCAAACGUACAAGCGAAUUACUUUACAGUAUGAUUAGGUGCAUUAACUACAUAAUAUUGUUAAUCAUGCAUUGCGGCUAGAUUAUUUAUAAUUUGGCCCCAUUAAAAAUGUUGGACUUUGAUUAAACUUAGCCUGGGUGUUCCUUGGGUGGUCUUUCUACCAAAGCUUCUCAUACGGUUCCGCUUUGUUGCACAUAGGGGCCACCUGAGCUAAAAAUAACAAAAAUAAAAAAUCGAACGGCAUCGCCUCAUUAACCCGUGGUCCGAUUUUAAAUGAUCUCACGCAAACGGUCCUUAUGUAACUUUCUACAAAGAUUGUUCAAAUCACAAAUAUUCCGAUUCGUCAAAAAACAUGGCCGUAAGAGGGCGUAGUCACUUUCCCUGUAUGUAUAUAGCGGAAACUUUAGAAUCUUCUUGUGUGAAACUGUUAGCACGAUUUAAAAAUAAUAUUACACAAAUGGUCCUUGUGUGACCCUCUGCCAAGUUUGUUAUGUCAAAAAAACAUGGCCACCAGAGGGUGUGGUAUCUUUUCCCUAUGUGUUUAUAGAAGAACCUUAAAAGAACUUCUUGUUUGAAAAUGCCGGCCUGAUUUGAAAACAGUUUAACACAAAUUGUUCUUGUGUGACGUUCUACAAAGAUUGUUCAAAUUAUUCUGUUUCGUUAAUAAACAUGGCCGCCAGAUGACAUGGGCGGUUUUCCCUAUAUGAUUAUAUAUAAGAAACUUUGAAAAUUUUCUCCUCUAAAGUCAUAAUAUCUACAGCUUGAUAUUUGGCAUGUGAUAUAAGGGUUUUUCUCUCUACCGCAAUUGUUCAAAGUAUUGCCCUAGGGUCAAAAAUGGCCACGCGCCAUAUAUACUACAUGUAAAUGCUUAUAUACAAGAAACUUGAAAGUCUUUUUCUCUGAAGCCAUAAUAGCUAGAACUUUGAAAUUGGCAUGUGACUUAAGGCAGUUUGACUGUCUACCGUAAGUGUUCAAAUUAUUGCUCUUUGUUCAAAAAUGGCCAGACCCAUGUGUUGGAUAUGUAUAUAACAUAGCCACUUUGAAUAUCUUCUUCUCUGAAUCCAUAAUUGCUAGAACCUUGGUAUUCAUUUAAACCCAAUCUGUUAUUGUACCAUUACGUUAUAUAAACACAUUUAAAGCCUUUUACACAUGUGAGCACUUUAGGGUCAAUGAUACUUUUGUUUGGAUUUUAAAAUCAUUUAUCUCGUUGAAAAGGGGCAAAUAUCAGAUUUGAAGAAAGACAACAAAGCUAGACUUUUCACGUGCCUUCUAACUAAAGAAAGCUAAAUUAAUGAAUCUGUGACAUAAAUAAUUUGCUAGCCAAAGAACUACAUGUAUAUAUACAAAAAAAAACGUCACGAAAAUUGUGAAAUCAAAAAAGGGCAAAACUUCGAGAGAAAAACUAGAGUUAUCGAAUCUGUGCAUUGCAUGUCAGAUCAACACGAUGAACGAUUGUGUUUAGUUCCAAUAAAUUUCUAGCGGUUACUGAUAUAACAGCCUACAUACAAUAUAUAACCAAAUCAGGAUGUCAAAGCCGAAGGAAGGAUAUGUGAAAGAGCCCUGCGUAUUCUUCAAGUUCCUGGAAUUGCCCAAACCUAAUUUGUAUAUAGGUGUUCCUUUACAACUGGUAAGGGAAAAGGCAAACAAACAUUUUUAAUAAUAAACUUUAAAAAGAAGUUGUUUUAGAUAAAGUCAUCAUCGACACUGACGGGUUGUGAUCGAACCCCGGUUUUCAAAAACGAAUGACUUGGAUAAUCUGCGCUGAUUUGGCACGCAAACAUACUUACAUUCAAUGUUUUAAAGGUCGUUUUGACCUAUUUAUAAUGACAUAUAGUGCUCCAUUUUAAUAAUAUUCCUGGAAAUGAAUCCAUUACAUUCAGACACAUCAGUAAAAAAACAAUUACUCACUAGAUUUUAUGCUAUCCUUAUAUAAGGCCAUCCUGAAAUAAAAAAAAAUAGUGAAGGAAAUAACCUUAGUAUCGAUCAUGCGAAUUUAGUUGCUAUCCAAACUAUUGACUGUUCCUUGAUUACUCUAUCCAAACCAUACACACUUGGUACAUGUGGUUGACUUCUGGUUGAAUUUUGUAGCAAAAUUACUAAAUUUUCAAAUGAGAGACCAAUGACUUCAUAGGCAAAACUGUUUUUUUCUUUCUUCUUAACCGUUUUGUACUGUUGGUGCAAUUGUAACAUUAUCUAAAAGUUUCGUUUUCACUUCUUGUUUAACAUAAUCUGCACGUUUUAUCACUUAAUAAUUUAAACUGGAAUGCUUUUAUCAUUUAUAUCCAAACUAUGCUUAGAAUGAUGUGUUAAAACGGUAUAAAGUUUUAUUAAAUUGUGAAAAGCGAUAUUCUUAUCUUUUUUGUUUGGGAAAAGCCAUCUAUUGGACAGUUUCAAAACACACGACUACCGGUGAAGCUACCAUACAGUGAAUAUGUUGGAGUCUUUUGAAAGUAUGCUUGUUAAAAUGUUCAAUUGUCAAUCUUACAUUGCUGAAAAUACAGAGUUUAUGGCAUACAUAAUUUUGCAAAUGUUACGCUUUAAGACAAACACAUAAAAAUAUCAUGAUGAUAAUCUUAGUUUCAACAAGGUAUUCAAACACUU